AUGAAGCAUCUUGCUGGAGGUAUCGUACUCGUUGCAGUGUCGGCCAGCUUCGGCCUGGCGACCUCUCAACCCCGGGGACCACCCAAUCAAAGGAGGUUCAAGUGGGAGGAGACGAAGCACAUUAUUGCGUUCGGCGACUACUACACGUUUGUCCAAGGCACUGCCGGCUACCCGGGCUUCAGCUUUAUCGGCGAUUACCGGCCGGGGCACCUCUCAUUCACACCUGAGGAGUUGCUCACGGAUAAGAUCGUCCAGGGGUUCGGAGGCACUUCAGCGGAUGGCCCCAACUGUAUCGAAUAUCUAAGCGGCUGCGCCGUCGAAGACGGAGAAUGGCUUCCCUCUGAAUGCAAGAUGCAACUCUGGAAUUUCGCAUUCGCCGGUGCCGACGUGUCGGAGCAAUCCACGCCUCUCCAUGCGGAAUAUGUGGUACCCUUGGUCAACCAGACACAGCAGUAUUUGACCUGGGCUGAGCCCGUCAUUGGGGGGCACAUGAAGAAGGAGAGGGCUCUGGUGGCUAUCUGGAUUGGGAUCAACGAUAUUAGUGACACGAGCAAGUACAAUGCGUCGCUGCUUCAUCUCUACAGCGAUAUCAUGGACUCCAUGUUUCGCAACAGCAUCGAGCCGCUCUAUCGCAGUGGAUAUCACAAUUUCCUGUUCUUGAACCUGCCGCCGGUGGACCGGACGCCUGCCAACCUCCUUAGGUCCAGCCCGUCGCCGAACAAGAUGAUGAUUGAAUGGUGGAAUGAGAAGCUCGCUGGCCACGUCCAAGACUUCAGCAACUCCCACAAUGAUGCCACGGCCUUGCUAUACGACACUAAUACCUUUCUGAACGGAGUGCUGGACGAGCCAUCGAUGUAUGGUGUUCAUAACAUCACAGACUUCUGUCCCGGAUACAACAAUUCGACGGUUUUGACGGAUCCGGGGGCGUUUGGUUGUGCUCCACUCGAUGGAUACUACUGGUUCAAUCAGGGACACAUUACAAGUCAUAUCCACGAGCUUAUCGCAGAUGACCUGAGGGGUUUCCUCGAGUCACACUGA